AACCGCAUGGACCUGGUCGGCCAGCACAUCCGUUGUCUUUCCCUCCCGCCACCACCAAGCACCAUUGUUUUUGGUUCGUUAGGAUUGGCCAUAGUGUGUGAAGACAUAUAAGAACCACAGAUUCUCUUGCAUUGUAUCCACCUUCAAAUCCUCGCUACAAGAGCUCCCCAAGAUUCAAGUUUCCCCAUAGCCACUGCGUCUCUUUAUUCCAUUUUGAAUUUCAGAAUGCCUAAGAGCAGUCGCUUCACGCAAAGCCAGAGCGCCAGGCCCUGCCCGUAUAGCAGGCCGAAAGACGUCACACCUGAGCCUGAGAAGACCAGUGGCUGGACAGGAUCCCCCAAAGAUCUGUACAAAGCGCUCUCUCAAGAAUCUCCCCAGGGAAGAACGUUAUCCCGCCGAUGCGAGAAGUUGAGGAAGAGAUAUUGUCGCGUUGUUGGGCCUGUAGACGAAGAUUAUAAGCCCAUCAUCGACCCCCAGCCUUUCCUCCUUGAACAUCAUCAAACUUCUCGCACGAUUGGGGUCCUCAUCCAGAAGUCGGAAGAGAACCCUAAUAAGACGCUCCUCCUCACCUCAAUCACCUACAAGGAUUUGCUCGAAGUGCAGGAGACAAGCCAGAUCGCCAAUUUUCUGUUCCGGUCCCGACCUAGACCAUUGCGACUUCGCGACGUCACGUCCAUCGAAUUCCAUGAUUGCGAGAUGGACGCCGUUCUCGCGCAUCUGUCGUGCACGCAAUUACGCAGGGCAGUGAUAUCGGGUAACUGUGACUCAUCGAGCGGUAUCGAACCCGUUCUAGCCACAAGCGGUAUCCAUGCCUUGAAGUUCUCUUCAUGCACGAACAUCCCGACUUUCUUGCGAGUCUUGGAUAUGCCUUCCUUGCGUCAUCUGUCGCUCGAAGUUAACGUGGCAAGCUAUGGGAUCCGAGAGAUCCAAAGCCGAGUGACACAAUAUGACUGGCUGCCUUCUCUGGCGGGCCAUCGACUUCAUUCGCUCGUCCUGAGUAAGAUGCCUUCGCACGACCUGUCACUGAUGCAGGUGCUCACAGAGCUGCCUACACUAACCCGGCUUGUCGUACACGAGGCAUCGUAUAAGCUCGAUGGCUACCAAGGAUAUAUGCUGUCAUACAAUCUCUUGCGAGACCUGACACGCACGCCCCGACUGAUUGAUUAUAGUCCAAGAUAUCCCAUGUUGCCAAGGCUCAAGCACCUCGAGCUAGUGUGGACGAGUGAGUAUCAUUCCAGAGAUGGUAAGAGACUUGAGGGCCCGCAUACGGAGGAGAUGUAUCUAGUACGGAACAUGACUGCGUAUGAGGGGUUCGUCACGGAUAUGAUUGAGUCUCGUUGCUUCCGGCCAGAAGGCGAUAAGGGUCGAUCGCUGCAACGUUUGGAAUCUGUCGCGGUUGGGUGUCGGCAGCUCUUUGGGAUUGAUGAAAUGGACAUCAUGACAUCGCCCACUCGUGAAUAUCUGAAUAACUUGCCAGCAAGGUGCCGGGAGAGUGAUCAAGAAUACGAGAUAUAGGACCAUGUAUUGAAGACAAGUAGGACUUUCUAGUGUAUUGUCAGUUACUUGUGGAACAUUCGGUAGAGCAUCAAUAAAAUAGGAACCUCUAACCAGGAAUGAAGGCUUUUAUUCAGUGCCCUGCACGACAAGCUAAGCAGUUGCGCU